AUGUAACGAAGUAUUUUACUGCAGCGUUACGUUUUAAAUGUCCAAAAUGCUUCCGAGUGAACGGUAACCACCUGCCAGUAAAGCAGCGAGUCCUUGUGCUAGUUAUACGUUGCUGUGUAUUGGCAGCAAACGCAUUAAUAGAUGUACACAGCUAGCCUCUGACAUGACCAAUUAGUGCUGCGCGCGGGACCAGCAAGUGACAGAUUCAAAUAAACGCAGGAGACAUUCACAUUGGUCUCCCAAAUAUCUAUUUACACACUGUUAUACUAAUUAGUUACUAUGUAAAGUUGUGUAUAAGCGUUAUAGUAACUCUCUGCUCUUCCUGUUUAAGUCACUGCCCCUACUGGGUUUCUCUAGAGUAUAAUACUUUGUUUCCUCUCCACUUUUUAUUAAGCACUUUUUGGAUAACACAGAUAAUGACCUUCAAGGAACUGAUGGUUCGGGAUCCCUUGGAGGUCUUGAUGUUCGCAGACAGAUCCCAAUCAAGUUAUUGUCUAAACAGACGAGCCUUUCAGCUAUAACCAAGAGGAAAGAUUUGAGUGUAAAUCUGGAGAUGCUUAUGGAAACCAACGCAGAUUCCCUCAGCCAAUCUUCUGGGAUUAUAAGCUCAACUUGGUAGGAGUAAAAGAUGACACUCCAGUUCAUUUUUGUGACAAGUGUGGCCUACCCAUACAGAUCUAUGGGCGAAUGAUUCCCUGUAAGCAUGUUUUCUGCUAUGAUUGUGCAGUGCACUACGAGAAGAAAUGUGAAAAGGUGUGCCCUGGUUUGUCCCUCUACAGCUGCACAGACCCUGUCCAGCGCAUCGAGCAGUGCCAGCGCGGCUCCCUCUUCAUGUGCAACAUUGUGCAGGGCUGCAAACGCACCUACCUCUCACAACGAGACCUUCAGGCCCACAUCAACCAUCGCCACAUAAGGGCCAGCAAGGCCGGAAGCUCUCGUCCAGAUCCGCCACAGGCCUCUGACCCACCAGACCGCUUUAGGUUGCUGCCACCUCCCCACCUAUCUAAAUCACACCCUCUCAUUCCUUCCCCAUUGCAAGGCCACGAUACCUACAACCAUCCACCUCCAUCCUCGCCCUCCGAUCUGGGGCCUUCCCAACGCAACCUCCCCCCGGAGACCUUCCGGAUAGCCACGGUGUCUACACGGAAGCAUAGCAACCUCAUCACAGUGCCCAUUCAAGAUGAUUCGGGGAGCUUGGGCCCCUCUCCCCGUGAGCCCCACCCACAGACACCUCCCGGCUUGCCUCCACACCAUCACCCUGGGGAUUACUCCAGCCAACCAGUGGUGUCCCACCCGCAUCACAUAAUGCCACCACCACAACAACCACAUUACAGACCUCCGCCACCCCCACCACCCCCUCUCAGCAUUCCCAUGCAGCACCCGCCGCAAGGCUCAGCCACACCUCACAUGGUUUACAACCAGGCACCUCCAAUGUCAACACCCCCUCCACCUGGACACAUCAUCAGCCAGAUGCCACCCUACAUGAAUCACCCUCCACCAGGUCCGAUUCCCCCGGUCAAUGCCCCCCCUCCGCAUCACUACAACCCAAACUCAAUGCAACAGGACCAAGGCACUCUUAGCCCACCUUUUACCCAACCAGGUGGCAUGAGCCCAGGGAUGUGGCCCAAUCCACGUGGACCCCAUCCGCCCCGUAUGCAGGGGCCACCACCACAGGGACAGAUGCCAGGGCCUCAUCACCACGAGCAGUCACGAUAUAGACCGUAUUACCAGUAGCAUCCUGCUUGUGUUGGCUCUAUCAGACAGUUUGAGCAUAGAUAGUGUCAUUUCCAACUGGAUAUGGUUGACCAAGCUGUGUGGGCUGUUUGUUUUUGGAUAUAAUCAUCCCCAUUGCUGGCACAUUUUGUACUAAUGUCCCUCAUUCAGGGUGCUUCUGUGGAAUUAUAAAGUGAAUUAAGUGGGGAAAAAACUACGUUUUUGGUUGGAAGUAUUUAUGUUUAGUUUGAAACGUUUACAUAAUGUUGUAUCCAGCAACUGCAAUAAAUAAAACUUGAACACAUGAA